AUGGGUAUUUGCGCAUCAUGCCUAGGUGGUGGCCAACCACGAGGUUCUGUCGAGCAGGAGCAGGACGAGGUCGAGUCGGGGCCGCUCCUCUUUAGCGUCCCCAACGGCAUGCACUACGGCAGCUUUGCGGAGCCACAAAUGAUGGCGCCGCACAGUGACCCUUCACGCUCCCAGCGUGAGACCGAGGCCCUGCAACGCGUUGUCGCCCGAACGUCGGACGGCUUAGUUGAUAUUUACGACACAACGCCCGGCGCGUAUUCCCGGCACAAGCAUGGUGGUGUGCGGGACCGGAAUGCACAGUACCAGUUCCUGCUCACCAAGGUCGACUGCGACGGCUCGCUCUCAACGGACGAAGAGGAUGACGCGCCAUUGCAGGGGGUUGUCACACACAUUCAGGCUGACCCCAGGAGGAAAUUGGUCGGUAGCUUCAGAGAAGCUGCUGCGGCGAUGGCAUGA